CCAGACAAGGGUAUCAUUGAUAUUUGGCAAGUAAAGUGUGUUUCAUAAUAAGAGAUAGUUUCAGUUCAAACCCUUAACCUUGUCAAGUGGUGGUGCCUAUCUUAAGUGCUAGCUACAUUUACAUUGUGAAAGCAAAUCUGUGAAGGAAGAAAUGGAUUCUCUGUGGUUAUCAACCUCUGGAUCUGUUGUUCCUCGGGGUGGCUUCAUGGUGAUUUUAUUGUUGUCACUGCUCUUGUGCACUACAUUCACUUCUACGGAAGCCUAUGAUGCACUUGAUCCAACUGGCAAUAUUACAAUCAAAUGGGAUAUCAUAAAUUGGACUCCAGACGGCUAUGUUGCUGUUGUAACAAUGUACAACUUUCAACAGUAUCGUCAUAUCCAGUCUCCUGGAUGGAUACUAGGGUGGACAUGGGCCAAAAAGGAAGUAAUUUGGAAUGUAAUGGGAGGCCAAACCACAGAGCAAGGGGACUGUUCAAGGUUCAAAGGGAACAUUCCACACUGUUGUAAGAAGGAUCCAACCGUAGUGGAUUUACUGCCUGGAACUCCUUACAACCAGCAGAUUGCGAAUUGUUGCACAGGGGGAGUCUUGAGUUCAUGGGCCCAGGACCCUGAAAAUGCAAUUAGUUCAUUUCAACUUAGUGUUGGUUCAGCAGGAACAACUAACAAAACAGUCAAACUGCCAAAAAAUUUCACCCUGAAAGCACCAGGUCCUGGUUAUACCUGUGGCCCUGCAAAGAUUGUGAAGCCAACUAAAUUUAUUACCAAAGACAAGAGGAGAACCACUCAGGCAUUGAUGACCUGGAAUGUUACCUGUACGUAUUCUCAAUUCCUGGCUCAGAAGACACCAACUUGCUGCGUUUCCCUCUCAUCCUUCUAUAACAGCACAAUAGUAAACUGCCCUACCUGCACCUGUGGUUGCCAAAAUAAAACAGAUCCUGGCAGCUGUGUAGAUCCCAAUUCCCCACACUUGGCUUCAGUUGUGUCACCACCAGGCAAAGCUAUAAACACACCUUUGGUCCGGUGCACCAGCCACAUGUGUCCUAUUCGAGUUCAUUGGCAUGUGAAGCUUCAAUAUAAGGAGUACUGGAGGAUCAAGAUCACAAUCACAAAUUUCAACUACAGAAUGAACUAUUCACAAUGGAACCUUGUUGUGCAGCACCCAAACUUUGAUAAUGUAACCCAGGUUUUCAGCUUUAAUUACAAGCCACUAACUCCUUAUGUGGGCUUAAAUGAUACUGGUAUGCUGUGGGGAGUCAAGUUCUAUAAUGAUUUACCUAGUUCAGCAGGACCCGUUGGGAAUGUGCAGUCUGAGCUCUUAUUCCGAAAGGACAAAUCAACCUUUACAUUUGAUAAGGGAUGGGCUUUCCCACGAAGAAUUUAUUUCAAUGGAGAUAACUGUGUAAUGCCUCCUCCAGAUGCCUACCCGUGGCUGCCAAAUGCAAGUUCAAAAAUAGUUAUCUCUUUACUAAGUAUAGUGCUGGGUACUUUAGCUUGUGUGGUAAUCUUAUUGACUUAACCAUUGAAGAAUAAUAUAUGUGGAAAGUGGAAACAUAAACGGGUUAUCUACGCUUUUGGAGUCAAGUCAUCUGCACCAGAUUGUUAAAGCUGAAAGCAUCCACAUGAUUCAUAAUAUGCAAAGAACACUGGUGCAUACAUGCUUGCCAUAAGAAUUCUAUCCAGUUAUUUAACAUAGGGGGGUAGAUUUUUACUGCCACGUACUUAUGCGUGCAUUUUUUGUAGCUUUUGCAUUGUAAAAUUAUCUAAAGUUGCUUGAAUCAUCACUUUUUUUUCUUUUUUUUCCCCCUUCUAGAAUAGACAAUUGAUCUCUUAGCUUUGUGAUGAAUUCAAGCAUAAACUUUAGUUAGCACCCACUACUCCUUUAUAGAGUUUGUAUUUAUUUAUAUAUAUAUUUUAUUUCAUCAAUUACAUAUGCUCAUUCCGGCUAUUCC